UUGAAACAAGUGUUUCAGGCUGGCAGUGGUCUACAUCUGGUCAUCGUCGCUGAGGGAGCAGCUGACUCCAAGGGGAAUGCUAUCAAAUGCGAUCAGAUCAAAAAGAUCGUGGAAGACAAACUGAAGUAUGACGUGCGAGUAACUUCUCUCGGUUAUCUCCAAAGAGGAGGUUGCCCGAGCUUCCUCGACCGACUGCUCGGCUGUCGAAUGGGCCACGAAGCCGUGAAUACCGUAUUGAAUACCGAUCCUACUACACCAAAAAUUCUAUGCCUGAAAGGUCACGUGAUUGUGAAGUUACCUCUUUCAAAACUUAUUGGCAAAACACGACGAGUAAGUUGA